AGAUUCUAUAAAGAGAAUUGUGCGGGAGAUCUCUAUGCAGCUAGACCGAACACCCUUAUAUGUUGCCAAGCAUCCGGUUGGAUUACGUCCACAUGUUGUACGGUUGGAAUCAAUGUUAAAUCUUGAGUCUGAAGAUGAUGUUCUCAUGAUAGGGUUAUGGGGACAGGGAGGUGUAGGAAAAACAACAUUAGCUAAAGCCCUUUACAAUGAUAUUUUUAGACGAUUUGAGGCUUCAUGUUUUUUGGCAAAUGUUCGGGAAACUUCAAAAGAUUCCAAGGAUUUAGUUCAUUUGCAAGAAAAAUUGUUGUCCGAGUUAUUACUAGGAAAAGAAUUAACAGUUUUUAGUGUUGAUGGAGGUAUCAAUUUGAUCCAAGAUAGGCUUUGCUGCAAAAGAGUUCUCCUUGUUCUCGACGAUGUCGUUGACGUAAAACAGUUAAAUGCUUUUGCUGGAAAGCGUGAAUGGUUUGGUAAAGGAAGCAGAAUCAUCAUUACUACAAGAGAUAACCGUCUAUUAACUUCCCAUGGGAUAGAUAAAGAUCAUAUAUAUGAAGUUAAACCUCUAGCGGAUUGGGAAGCUCUUCAACUUUUCUAUAAACAUGCUUUUUGUAGAAGUAAGGAAAUAGUGAUAAGGAGGGAUCUUGUGGAUAGUGCUUUGCAUUAUGCUAAUGGACUUCCUUUAGCACUUGAGGUAUUGGGCUCUUUCCUAUGUGAUAGAAGAGAGCAAGAGUGGGAAAGCCAAUUGAAUAAACUUGCUAAAAGUCUUGACAAAUCCAUCAGUAAUGUUCUCAAGUUAAGUUACGAUGGACUAGAGGACAAUGAAAAGGAGAUAUUCCUUGAUAUUGCAUGUUUCUUCAAGGGGCGAUCUAUAGAGUACAUCAUGGAAGUCCUUAACAGUUGCGACUUUGACCCAACUAUUGGAGUAGAAGUCCUUGUUGAGAAGUCCUUAAUAACUAAAGGACGGGAUACAAUACAAAUGCAUGACUUGAUUCAGUUGAUGGGCAUGGACAUUGUUAAACAAGAAUGUCGUGAUGAUCCUCGAAGACGCAGCAGGAUAUGGCUUUGUGAAGAUGUCUGUGAUGUUCUAUCAGGGGAAAUGGGAACAGAUGCAGUAAAAGCCAUAGUUUUGGAUUUACCCAAGACAGAAGCAAUAUACAUAGGUCCCAAUGCUUUCCCAAACAUGAGAAGAUUGAGUUCUCAAAUUUCCCCCUGGCCGAAAGAAGUUAGUCAGUCUUGAUCUGUGCAAAAGCAACAUUCAAGUCGUGGUGGACCAAUUCAAGGUGCGCAUUCAAAUGAAUUGUCCUUAUUUACUUAUCUCUUACAC